AUGAGUACACAAGAAUCUCAUGGUUCUGUGAGUGACUGCGAGGGUGAUGGACCUCAAGGGAAGCAGACUCGCAUUGACUUUGAGGAGGGAUAUUAUAUAGGAACUGUUGAUGAGGAGGGGCGGAUGUCUGGUUUUGGCCGGGCUCGUUGGGUCAGUGGUGACGAGUAUGUGGGAGGAUGGCUGGAUGAUGUCAUAGACGGCCGCGGAGUGUACAUGUGGGCUGAUGGUGAUCGCUACGAGGGCGAGUAUAGGUGUGGUGUGCAACACGGGUUCGGAGUGUUAAGUGACAAAACCGGAACUUAUUCUGGAGAGUGGGUUGACGACAUGCGGCAGGGAUGGGGGAAAAUGGAGUACGUUGGCGGCGACGUUUACGAAGGCGAGUGGUUUGCGAACGCUCGUCACGGGCAGGGUACGCUUAUAGAGGCAAAUGGUGUUGUUUUUCAGGGUACGUUUGUAAACAACGUGAAGGAGGGCAAAGGGGUUAUUACCAGUGUCAACGGUGACGUGUACGAGGGGGAUUUUGCAAAUGACAAACCCAAUGGAAAUGGGACAUAUGUCUGGGCGGAUGGUGCAAAGUAUGUGGGUUCUUUCAAAGAUGGCGUCAAGCAUGGAAAGGGUUGCGAGUGGUUAGCGAAUGGUGAUUGGUUUGCUGGCGUUUUCAUCAACGGCGAGCAUGACCACACUCAGGCAAUCCAUAAGGCAGUCGUUGCGGAUAUAGAGACUUUUGUCGGUACCCUUGAUUUGUCUGUCUGUGAGGGUUUAGACCCCGAGAAGUUGCGUAUGCUCGGAGAGGGUCUUUUCCCGUCGGAUUCAAGGACAUCCAAUAACCCCGGGACGCUGAAUUCCUUGGGGAGCAUCGACGACUGCAGUAUGUAUGGCAGCCACAAUGGCGACUUUGAUGUGAAUGAUCCAAACGUGGUUUCUAAUGUAGAACACGGUAACGAUAUUUCUGGUAACCCCAGUGAGAAGACCGCACUGGUGCGGCGGGAACGUCUGUUUCUCAGUGAUGCGGACUUGGAGGGUUGGAGGCAGCUGAAGAUUGUUGGAAAAGGCAGUUUUGGAGCAGUGUAUGAGGCUCUACUUACAAACGGGCGUACGGUAUGCUGUAAAGUUAUCGAGCUUGGAUCCAUUUCCAGCAGGAGCGAAAUGGACAAGUUGCGCAAUGAAAUUGCCCUGAUGAAGCGUCUUAAUCACCCAAAUAUUGUUCAGUAUCAUGGAUGCCAGGAAGACAGGGAGAAAAAUACGCUCAAUAUAUUUAUGGAAUUUGUAAGUGGAGGUUCCCUCAACGGCUUCGUGAAGAAGUUCAAAACCAUUCCUCUCCCCACUGUUCGACAGUGGACCUUUCAGAUAGUGUGCGGAGUGAAGUAUCUUCACGACUGUGGCAUUGUGCACCGGGACAUCAAGGGGGACAACGUUUUGGUAUCACUGGAGGGUAUAAUUAAACUAGCAGACUUCGGUUGCAGCAAAACUAUUGAUGAUGUAUGUAGUAAAACGCAUGGUUGUGAAACGAUGGUUGGAACGCCAUAUUGGAUGGCGCCCGAAGUUAUCAAAGGCGAGGCUGGAGGUUACGGGAUGAAGAGCGACAUUUGGUCGGUUGGGUGUACUGUAGUUGAGAUGCUAACCGGGAAGCCGCCGUGGCCAGAGUGCAAUUCUAUGUGGGCUGCCGUGUAUAAGAUAGCGCACUCGACUGGUCUCCCCACGGAGAUACCGGAUAAUCUGGAUCCGCAACUGAUGAGCUUCCUUGAAUUGUGCUUUAUUCGAGAUCCGAAGAAGCGCCCAGAGGCUGAGGAACUUUUGAAACAUCCAUUUCUUACGUUUUGA